CCAGCCCACCUCACGGCACACGCGGCGCGACCGAGACAGCGGAAGGGUUUGGAGAUGGAGAACGGCGAGGAGACCUUCGCCUCCCCGACCGCCGCCGCCGCGGAGUUCGACUUCGACUUCGGCCAGCCGCCGCCGCUCACCAACGGGGCCGGCACCAAGGCCGCCGCCUACGACGUGGGCGAGAUGGACGCGCUCCGCGAGGCCAAGCGCGACCUGGAGGAGAGGCUCGCCGCCGCGCGCCACGAGAACGGCUUCCUCUCCGCGGAGGCGGCCCGCCUCGAGAUGCAGGUGGCCAAGGCCCGGGACGACAUCGCCGCGGCCGAGCGCGCCGCCGCCGACGCCGAGGGCCAGGCCGCCGCCCUCCGCACCGACGUCAAGCGCCUCCAGGGCCUCCUCGCCGCCGCCGACGCCUCCGACCGCGGCGCCGACGGCCCGGGCCUCGGCGGGGCGCUGGCCACCGCGCACCAGGAGAAGCUCGCCCUCGAGGAGGAGAUCAAGGCGCUCAAGGCCUCCGCCGCUGCAGACAAGGAGGAGGAUGAGGAGGAGGAGACCGCCGCUCCCUCGGCCAACGACGGGCUGCUGGCGUCCCACGCCACCGUGGCCGCCGCGGCAGCUGCUGGGGCCGCCGCCACGGCCGCCAUCGCGGUCCUUCUCCUCCACCUCAAGAGGUAAUCUGCUGCUGUGACGCGCCGGAAGUUUUGCUCUGCUCCACCUCUAUGGCUUGAUACGAGACUGGAUAACCCUCUUCUGCCGUGGCGCUGUUGUUACCAGACUAUAGUAGUGGUAUGGAUGGAUUUACGUUUCCGCUGGUUAGUGGCUUAAUGAAUCUAGUGAGUUGGGGACUUGUCGCAAGCACCUGUUCGUCUAUGCACUUUCCGUUGCCAUGGUAAUAAUAUGUGUGAAGACUACGUGAUCCA